AUGGAAUUUCCACGCGGCGAUGGUGCCACAGCGCGCCCACGAUCAUCAUCUUUGGGCUCAAAGCCCGCCAACAAGAAUGCCCGACCUUGGGCGCGACCCAACUCUAACGCGAGCGCACAGGGCCCAAAGCCCGCUAACAAGAAUGCCAACCCUGAGGCGCAACAAAGCUCGAACGCGAGCGCAAGCAACGGCACCACGAGCACCAGCUCUGAGUUGGUCGUGGAGGACCCAGGCUCUAGUGCCACAAAUGCCACUACUACGGCGCACCCAGGCCCGCGAGCGGGCGAUCAGGUCACAGACGAGCUCGAUUAUGACAUCGAGAAGAUCAUGUUUCCCAACACAGCCAUCUGUUUGGUCGAAUACAGAAAGAGUCUCUGGGAAUACUCCGUCGAUUCCGGAUUUGUCGUAUUUGACAGGUCCCGUGCGAUAAGGGAAUACGGCCCGCAAUACGCUGACGGGAUGCGGACAUUGGUUCAACCGCAGCCACCCACACGAGGCCUAGAAGCCACCACGGUCGAAUACAACGACGCAAUCAAGGUCGACGCCGAGCUCCUGUGCGAGCACAUUGCAUACUGGUGCAUUUUGCACGAUACAAAGCCCAAGCUGGGCGACUUCACCGACGACCAGGCCGCUGGCGAGACCGGUAUGGUGACAUUGUCACCGAAGGGCACAAUGCAACUGCUCAAGCGUCAGGCCAAGACGACAUCGAUCCUUGAGGGGAGAGACAAGGCGCGGCGAAUUCAGCUGGUGAAGACCGUGCUAGCGAAUAAAAAGGCAGGCGCCGAUACUAAACACUUCCUGGAAAAGGAGCUGGUCAAACACAACGCCGAGCGUGAGGACCUUGCUGCGGCAUCAUCAGACAUAGCUGCGGCUCGGCUCGAGCUCCAGCAGGAACAGGCUAGAGUAGAUGCCUUGUCGUCCACGGCACACUUUUGUGGAAUCGAGCAAGUCCUUUCGAAGGUGUCCACUGCAAUCAACGAGUUGCGCAAUGCAGUCGAGAGACAGGACGAGAGCGCGACCACCGCGGUUACCGAAUCCAUUGCCGACUGUGGCGACAAACUGAUGGCUGAGCUCACGACCAUCCAAACCAACAGCAAGGUUUUGACCGAAACUGUGUCGGAAUACACCGAGAAGCUGGUGUCUCUUGACGCCGCGGAAAAAAUGGCCGAGGAGACCGCUAAAGCCGCCCUCGAACGCGAGGUUCACAUGUUGAAUGAGAAGGAUGACAACCUAAACAAGGCGUAUGACGAAGGCCUAGUGCAGGCCAACAGUGCAGACACCGCCGCGAUCAUCGACAGAUUAGUCGAUGAGAAGGUGAAGAACCGCAAAAAGGAAAUGGAGGCCAAUGCCUUCGCCGUAGCACAGAAGACCUUUGUGGACAUUGGGAAUCUCGAUCCCGACUUCAUUCUGCUCUUUGCCCAUGAGCUUUUGCUGAGAGUGAAGGGCCGGCGUCUAGCAAAUUAUCAUCGUGAUAUGGUGCAGUCGAAGAUGGCCGGAACGGAGCCAGAUGAGACGAUCAAGGCUAUGGCAUGCCGCGUCGCGUCCUGGAUCGGCGCCAAGAACGGCGAAAAGAUGCACCAGCCAAACUCUGUUUGGUACGGUGCGACCCAGAAGGACGCACCAAUGAGCUGCCACCCGCCCGCGCGCCCGACUUUGGUGCAGAAGACGUAUUUCUCUGCGCUCAUGGAUGCGUUGGGUUGGGUUAAAGAGAACCCAGAGGAGGCUGUAAUCAACGCCGCGCUGGUCGACUGGCCGUGGUGGGUGAAGCACCGAUAA